UUACAUGUAAACUUGGAUUAUUAAUGGUUUGUGACUAUUUCCUGUGAACACGUUCAUGGUCACAUUUGAUAUCUGCAUUUGGUGUGUUUUGUUUAUUUUGUGAACUCCAACCAGCACAGCAAGCUGCCUACUGCAGUUUUCACAUGAAACUCAUUUAGAUACCCCUGGAUCCAUUCUAAUUGUUGUAUUCUCAAUUGUAAUAUGAGAAAUAAGUUUUGAGCUGAAAGAUUCCUGAUCAAUGGUCAUGCACAGCUAGAAUUACUUAUGUUGAGCUUGAGCUCAUGCUGCUGGGAGUGAAGGUAAAUUCAGCUGUCAUUUCCAGCCAUAAAGGGCACUCUCCAAAAUAUCACCAAUACAGCAAAUAUGGCAGCAAACAACUGACAGUGUGAAUGCAAUAUGUAAAGGACGUCGUUCAACUGCACAAGACAAUGGAAGUUCUGAAUAAAACUGCCAAGGAACCCUGCAACACACAACCAAGUCGGUCUCAAGGUGUGUGGUGGUGUGCUGCAUAACCUCGCCAUCAUGAAACAACAGACCUUGCCACACCUAUCAGGAAGCGUGAAGGUUACUUCCUUUCUAAAUCUAGAAAGACCUCUUGCCGAACUGCACAAGUGAAGAUGUAUUCUUGGUCACUCAUGUAUGUGAACUCCGGGUGUUGAUGCAACAGUGCAUUUACUUUCUGCAAAAGAUGGUAGCCACAAGGCACACCCAGAAAUGCAAAAUUCACUCAAAGCAUUUUCAGCAAGAUCAGGUCUGGUUACACGAUUUCAACAGGUUGUGCUAAGAUACUCUGCUUGCUGUGAGUCCUGUCGUAAAAAACCCGCCUCAACUCCACUCUUACACCGGAGAACCCAUGAUCCUUGCAAACUGCCAGCUUGAAGUGCAUUUCCUUGCUGCAUUUGCAGGUCGAUCGCAGAAUGAACCUGUACAUCUGCCUCCUGUCUUAUAAAUUGAUGCUUCUUUGGACUGCACUGUUCAUUAUAGGCACUGAAUCAGCAGAUGGAAGAUAUGCUCAGAUGCUGUUUAAGAAUUUAUUUGAAGAUUAUAUAGAUGCUCUCAGGCCUGUAGAAGAUACAGAUUUAGCCCUGAAUGUCACUCUGAAGAUUACUCUUUCCCAAAUUAAAGAUAUGGACGAAAGGAACCAAAUUUUGACUGCUUACCUUUGGAUUCGACAAAUCUGGUUUGAUGCUUUCCUUAAGUGGGACCGAGACAAAUAUGAUGGACUUGAUGCUAUACGAAUACCCAGUAGCUCUGUGUGGAGACCUGAUAUUGUUCUAUAUAACAAAGCUGAUGAUGAAUCUACAGGAUCCAAGGAGACUAAUGUGGUGUUAAGAUAUGAUGGGCAGAUUACGUGGGAUGCUCCAGCGAUUACGAAGAGCUCUUGUGUAGUGGAUGUGGCUUACUUCCCAUUUGAUGAUCAGAGAUGCAAUCUUACUUUUGGCUCUUGGACCUACAAUGGAAAUCAGGUUGACAUCACAAAUGGACUUGACAGUGGAGACCUGACUGAUUUUGUGGAGAAUGUAGAAUGGGAAGUACAUGGAAUGCCAGCAACAAAGAAUAUAAUAACAUAUGGGUGUUGUUCAGAUCCUUACCCAGAUGUCACCUAUACAUUAAUCCUCAAAAGGAGGUCUUCCUUUUACAUUUUUAAUUUGUUGAUCCCAUGUGUAAUGAUCUCAUUCCUAGCACCAUUAGGAUUUUACCUACCAGCUGAUUCUGGAGAGAAGGUAUCUCUUGGUGUGACUGUGCUCCUAGCAUUGACUGUGUUUCAGCUGAUGGUUGCAGAAAGCAUGCCUCCAUCUGAAAGUGUUCCACUGAUUGGUAAAUACUACAUAGCAACAAUGACAAUGAUCACUGCCUCUACUGCACUGACAAUUUUCAUCAUGAAUAUUCAUCACUGUGGGCCAGAAGCCAAACCAGUUCCAAAAUGGGCAAAAGUGAUCAUAUUGCAAUACAUGUCAAAGAUCUUUUUUGUGUAUGAUAUUGGUGAAACUUGCACAGUGGUGCAAAAAGAUGAUAAAAAUGACUAUAGACUACAGAUGGAUAAUUCCAAGACAAAUGAAAAAUUCAGAAAAGAGCAAGAGUUAACAAUAAAGGCUCAGCUGUCUAAAAAUUACCAAUGCUCCAACACAAUUCUGAAGGAAGAAGCUACCCUGUCUGUAAUACCAGUGCAUCAGUGUCCAGUAUGCAACCAGAAAGUACCCAAUGAGCAUUUUGAUGGAAGCAUAGGGGGCAGUUGUGUCAGUGAAGAGGAUCUUAACAUGUCCUCCUGUUUCUGUUAUUUGCAUCGAGGCAGGGUGGUGAAAAAUAUUGAAUUUAUAGCCAAUUGUUUUAGAGAGCAAAAAGCAACCAAUGCUAAAUCUGCUGAAUGGAAGAAAGUAGCUAAAGUAAUGGAUCGUUUCUUCAUGUGGAUUUUCUUUUUAAUGGUGUUUUUUAUGAGCAUUUUAAUUGUAGGAAAAGCAACAUAACUUUAUUUUCACAUCUUAUAUAAUGUUUACUUGCAUACUCAAUUUUAACUAUUAUAGUAUAGCAGUUUUAUACUUUGGUGCUAGUGAAGUUUGGAAGUGGAUAGCCUUAUAACUCAGCCUGUUAAGUCAAUGAACCCUUUAAAAUUAUUUCAGUUUUUACAAACCUGAAUGUAGAAUCCACCCGCUCUCUACAUUCAACUUAGGUCAAUAGGUUGUAUUGUCUUUCAGAUGUCAAAUCUGGUUUUAUAAUGCAGGACCACAUUAUUUAGUUAGUUGUAAUAUAAUAGAUGUCGCCAGCAGCAGUUUCCUCUUUGUGGAGUCUUAAAACAUGCAACUCUCAAAUGUUUGCUGAACUAAAAAUAUUUUACUGGU